AUGGGUCAACUGAUUUCCAAGCAAGAGAAAAUAAGCCCUAAAUUGAAAUCCGAAAUGGUUUUCAAUGAGAAAUAUUUGCAAGCAGAGCCAGAAAACGGUGAAGGUUACUUAGAAGAAACAAGAGGUUUGAAGCUACUUGAUAUAAACGACGAGGCCACAAAUCCAAUUUCCUGUGAUUCCUUGGGUCAAUGGGAGUCUGCUUUGUUAUCAGAGCCUAAGAAUAAGUUAGCACAGAAUUCCUUAGCCAAGUUUGAUAUUGCCAAUAUUGUUGGAUGCUCAGAUACUAAAACUAAGGUUAGAAACCAGCAUUUCUUCAAUACUGAGGUUAAAACUAUAGGGGCACCAUCUUUUAAUAAUAAUCAGAAGAAGUCAGGUAGGUGUUGGAUUUUUGCAACAGCUAAUGUUCUACGUGCCCAUGUUAUUGAGAAUUACAAUUUGAAGGAUGAUAAGUUUCAGUUAUCUCAGAGUUACUUGUUCUUUUAUGACAAAUUAGAGAAGGCGAAUAUUCUUCUAGAGAAUAUUCUUGAUACUGCCGACGAGCCGUUAGAUUCCAGGUUAGUGCAGUUUCUCCUCCAUGACCCUGUUGGUGAUGGGGGCCAGUGGGACAUGAUAGUUAAUAUCAUCAACAAGUAUGGAUUGGUUCCUUACGAGUUCUUCCCUGAUAAUGCACAGUCUACAGAAUCGUCACGGUUAAACUACGUUGUUACCGAAAAACUAAGAGAGUAUGCCCUAAUCUUAAGAAGCUUGAAAUCUAAAAAGACUGCUGACAAAGAUAUCAAUUUAGUCAAGAAUUCGAUGAUUAGAGAGAUCUACAACAUACUUUCCUUGACAAUAGGAACGCCACCAAAGCCAACUGACUCGUUUGUUUGGGAGUUCAAGGACAAGGAUGGUAACUAUAAGUACUUCAACACUACCCCACAAAAGUUUUAUGCUGAGCACGUUAAAUUUGACGUGGGGAAUCACUUUUCGUUAAUCCAUGAUCCAAGGAACCCAUACAACAAGUUGUAUACUGUUGACCGGUUGAACAACGUUCACGGUGGUAAACCAAUCGAAUACGUGAAUACAGAAAUCGCGACCCUUAAGAAGGUCUCCAUUAAGAUGUUGAAAAAUAACGAGCCUAUAUUUUUUGGUUCAGAUGUAGCCAAAUUCUAUGAUAGAGAUACCGGUAUCUUAGAUGUUGGCGCAUAUGAUUAUGCCUUAGCAUUGGGAACCUCUUUUAAGAUUAGCAAAGCAGAGAGAUUAAAAACCGGUUCGUCCCAAAUGACUCACGCAAUGGUCAUUACCGGCGUUCACUUGGAUCCAAUCACCGGUAACCCAGUUAGAUGGAAAAUUGAAAACUCUUGGGGUGACCUGGUUGGUGAUAAGGGAUACUUCUUGAUGACCGAUAAGUGGUUUGACGAAUACGUUUAUCAAAUUGUUACGAACAAAAACUAUGUCGAAAAACAAAUCUAUGAAGUAUGGAAAGGAAAAGACUUCACUGUUUUGCCAUUCUAUGAUCCAAUGGGUUCCUUAGCGUAG